UUUUUUUUUUUUUUUUUUUUUUUUUUUACUUUUUCUCUUUCAAUAAUAAAAGCUCUGUUUAAAAAUAACCAUGGCAGAGUAUAAACAAAAGCUCUAUGAAAUUCAACGAAGACAGGAAAAUCGUACCUGCUUUGACUGUCCAGCACCUAACCCUCAAUGGGCAAGUGUAAGUCAUGGUAUUUUCAUUUGUCUCGAUUGUUCGGGCGUACAUCGAUCUUUUGGUGUACAUAUUAGGUACCCUUUUCUUUUUAAAAAAAACCUCGAUGAAAAGCUUUGCCAUUGGAAAAAAAAAAAAACUAACAUCUCGUUUUAUAAAAAAGUUUUGUACGUUCCAUUAGUAUGGACAAGUGGUUUGAUGACCAACUGAAAAAGAUGGAUAUGGGUGGCAAUAAGAAUGCAAGAGACUUUUUCGAAUCUCAACCUGAUUACUCUCCCUCCAUGGCUCCACUUCAAAAGUACAGUAGUCGAUUUGCUGCUCUCUACCGUGAAAAGUUGGCUGCAGAGGUAGAAGGUAAAACUUGGACUCCAGCACUAUCCAAGGCAACCGCCACACCCGUUGCCACCUCUACACCCGCACGUACUGUCACUACCGCCGCUACACGAUCCUUGGGUAGUCAACGCAGUAACGGAUCGUCCGGUAGAAACUCGCCUGCCUUUGGUAGUGAUUUAGCUGCUGCCGGUGGAUUAGUGAGUGAUAAAGAAAGAAACGAGACUUAUUUUGCUACAUUGGGACAAGCCAAUGUCAAUCGAGAUGCUACACUUCCUCCUAAUCAAGGUGGUAAAUUCACAGGUUUCGGAAACCCCGCUUUUGAAAGUCCAUCAUCUUCUCGAAAUGCAACACCAGGUAUUGACGAUAUUAUAAACGAUCCGAUGCAAGCAUUGACAAAGGGAUGGUCUCUAUUAUCUAUGGGUAUGGAAGAAUUAGGUAAAGUCGCUGCGGAGGGCGUGAAAGUGGCAGCUCAGGGCGCUGGUCAAAUCGGACGUUACACCAAUGAGAAUUACAUUAAACCUGCACAAUCCCAAUGGAAUGAUCCUAAUUUUAGAAAUAAUGUCACGGGUUAUGUUCAGACGUUUGGUGACAAGACACGAAGUCUUGUGAACGACUCGUUGAGCCAAUCCAAUAGAAGUAGCAGUAGUAGUAGUUUAAGAAGUAACUAUAGUUCCUCCAAUCAUACCAACAACCAUGAUGCCAAUGAGGACUUUUUCAAUUCUACCAUUCAUUCUUUACAACAACCCCGUAGUGCAUCACCCGCUGCUGCUCAACAACAACCUGCUAGAACAAGAACUCCUCUGAGAGAAGCUUCAACAGUAAAGAAGGUUGUCAAGAACGAUUCGGAUGAUGAAUGGGAAGGCUGGUAAACAUACAAAACAAAAACACUAUUACUUAGACUAGAGUCCGCUAAUAACGAUAUAUAAAAAUAUAUAAUUUGGUUUUUUACUCCAAGUUUGCCAGGACUUUUUUUUUUUUUUUUUUUUGCGGGUCAGAAUUUUUUAC